GGCUCCUUCACUCUGUGGGGAGCUGGGAGAAUGCUGUGUGCAGAGAUGCUGCUGUCAAAUCAAUUUUCUCUUUCUUCUCAAUGAAACUACCAUUUCCAAUCAUUGGGACUCUUCAGUCUACUGCGAGAGAAGGAUUCUUGAGUCAAAGCGCAUUUUUAGAAGAGCAAUACAUCACUGAAGACGGGAAGGAGCGAUGUGCGAUUGCCAACCCUGCGGGAAAAUGAAGCUUCAUUUAAAGAGCUCAUGGUCUCCAUUUUUCUUAUAUUUUAUUUUUUCCUUGUGAAAUAUGCUUAUAAGGUCGAGAUCAAGUCCUAACUCGUUUGGAAGAGGAUCUCUCCAGACACGGAUGCUGUGCAUUGUAAUCUAACUACAGUUUGAUAUGGGAGGACACCAAAAGAACUAACUUCUAACAUUCCAGUUCAUGCUGGAGCCAAAAUGGUGCCAGUUGAGGAUAAUUUCACCACUGUCCCACUUUUGGAUGGCUGUGCGAACUGCAGCCUUCCAUCAUCCUACCACAUAGACCUUCCAAAGGCAGUGGUCAUGGGGCUGGUGUUCAUGCUCUUCAUUGUUUUUGGUGUGAUGGGCAACAUCCUGGUCAUCCUGUCUGUGGCCUGCCAUCGGCACCUCCGUUCGGUCACCCAUUACUUCAUUGCAAACCUGGCUGUGGCCGACCUCCUCCUGAGCUCUGUGGUGCUGCCGUUUUCGGCCUCCUCUGAGCUCCUGGGCUACUGGGUGUUCGGCCGGCCGCUGUGCAAUGCCUGGACGGCGCUGGACGUCCUCUGCUGCACAGCAUCCAUCCUUAGCCUCUCAGUCAUCUCCGUGGAUCGCUGCCUGGCUGUCAGCUACCCACUGCGCUACCCCUCUCUGGCCACCAGCGGGCGCGGUUUGGGUGCAGUCGCCGCUGUUUGGAGCCUUUCAGCUGCCAUCUCGGUCGGGCCCCUUUUCGGAUGGAGAGAGCCGAUGCCGGAGGACGAGUCAGUUUGUAGGGUAAAUGAAGACCCGGGCUACGCCAUCUUCUCAGCCGCAUGCUCCUUCUACCUCCCACUGACUGUGAUCCUGGUCAUGUACUGCAGGGUGUAUGUGGUAGCCUGGAGGAAGAGCCGGAGUCUGCGUGAUGGGCGGCAGCAGGACGGUGGGUCACUCAGAAUCCACUGUGGAAACACUCAGCGCUGUCAGGCUCAUGGCCAGAGCAGGAAUGGAGAUGGAGCGGCUGUGGGGAAAUGUCGCUCCCACUGCAGCCUUGUGAGGCUGCUCACGUUCUCCCGAGAGAAGAAAGCUGCAAAGACCCUGGGCGUGGUGGUGGGCUGCUUCAUUCUCUGCUGGCUUCCUUUCUUUCUCGUGCUGCCCAUCAGUUCCAUCUUCCCGUCUCACCGGCCCUCAGAGACCGUGUUUAAAAUCACCUUCUGGCUGGGUUAUUUCAACAGCUGCCUCAACCCAAUCAUCUACCCCUGCUUCAGCCAGGAGUUUAAGAAGGCCUUCCAGAAUGUUCUGAGGGGUCACUGCUUUCACAGAGUGGCUAGACCCUGGAGCCCCCCAGCUGUGGGUUCUUUUACGCCACCAUCCUCCCAAACUGCCUCAUCCUCCAACUCUGCUACUCCUUCUGCGGGUUUGAGGGCUGGGAGUGGCUCUCCUGUUGCCAUGGUGACCACUGAGCAGCCUUGCAUGGCAGGAUCACAUGGUACAAGCCUUCUGAAGGCCUGCUGUUUCAAUGCUAAGGUAAAAUCUACUAGCACAGCAUGUCUACAGCUGUCUGACAGCACAAGUCCUGCCCCACCAAAGACUCACCUGGUCAUGGGCAUGAAAGGAGGGCAAGCUGUGUAAGAGUUUACCAUCAUUAUUGAUUUUAAUAUAACAGCUGGACUCCACUGAGGACUUUCUUAAAGGACUAGCUGGACCAAACAUGCUAAUGUGGGUAAUAACUGAAGGUUAGUAGCCAUGAAUUAAUGUGAUGUCAUUUGCAUAAUGCUAACUGAUGGCUAUUGGCUUUUAUUCACUGCGUCAUUAGUACUUUUGACUGAAGUGUUGUAAAAAGUGUAUGUUGAUUCCUGAUUCACAUUUGAUGUGCUAAUGGAUCAUGUUGUGGGCUACAAGUAAGGAGAACUCAGCACUGUUCUGUUCAUACAAAGCAUACAAAAGCAGAGAGCUGAAGUCAGAAGAGAACCUUAAGGUCUAUGGUGCCACCUGCUGGACGCUUCUCAUCUCUGCCCUUCAUUCUGACUUCCCACCAGAAGUUUGGGGACACCUUACCUUCUAUCGAACAUAAAGUGUGCCACAGAGUUCUUGGGCUGGUGCCAUAGAAGGACCACUUUUGUCUCCCUAAAGAACUAUGUUGAAAAAAGAGAUCUGUGAAAAUGAAGUUCCUUACAAAGAUUUAAAGAACUUUUAGAAGGUCUUUAUACUUUUCUUACUCUUUAAAGGUUUAAAGAACCUUCACACAGUUUAAAGGUUUUUUUUUUUAAACCAGUUUAAGGGUUCUUCCAAGAACCUUUAUAUCAUGUAGAUUAUACUUUUAAGAUUAUAAAGAACCUUCACAAAAAGUAAAGAUUCUCACAUACUGUCUGCUCAGGGGCUAGAACCAGGGCUGGUUUCCUAAACUUUCCUUCAUGUGGAAAUUAUUUACACCUUUUAAAGUUAUUAAGAACCUUCACAAAAUGUAAAGGUUAUAUACUGAUUUAAGGGUUCUUGCAUGAACCACUUCAUCAUGUGGAUGUUUUUGCAUUUUUUUUAAAGCUAUAAAGAACCUUCACAUAGUGUAAGGGUUCUAGAUCAAGUUCUAUACCAAGUUCUUGCUAGAACCUUUACAUUAUGUUUCUCAUACUUUUUAAAUGUGUAAAGAUCCUUCACGUAAAGGUUUUAUACAAAUUUAAGGUUUCAUCUUAGAACAUUUACAUCAUAUGGAGUUUUUUAAAAUACAUUUUAUAGGUUUAAAGAACUUGCACAAAAUGUAAAGGUUCUUUACAAAUGCUUUACAUUAUGUUGAUGUAUUUUAGAGGUUUAAAAACUUUCCCAUAAUGUAAAGGUUCUAUACUGAUUUAAGGAAACCUUUCAUCCUGGAAACCUUACAUUAUAUGAAGGCACUUUAUACUUUUCAGAGGUUUAAAGAAUGUUUGCAUAACAUAAAGGUUCUAUUCCAAUUUACAGGUUCUUCCUAGAGGUUGUUUGUAAAUUUUAAAGGAUUAAAGAACCUUCAUAAGAUGUAAAACAUCUAUACCAAUAUAAGAAUUUUUUAAACUUUAAGACGGUUUACAAAUUUACAUAUUUCUUUUAUAAAUAGAUUCUCUAAAGAACCAUAAUUUGAGAGGUUCUCUAGGGAGGCAGAAGUCGUUUUUCUAAAAAAACGUUUUGGUACUUCUGUUUUAGGAGUGUAAUGUUUGAUUUUAACUGUGAAUUUUCAGUCAAUUAAGAAAAGUACCUUUAGCAGUGGCUUAGUAAACACAGUUCAGAUGUUUGCUGGUGAUAUAUUUAUGACUGAGUGUCAUGUUUAUCAAAGUGUCUUCCUCAGUAUGAAACCAGUGCUUGUCUAAAUGAAUUGACAGUUUUCUUUUCCAAACUAUUGUUAAAAGCACAGACUGAAACUCUUUUGACCCAAAACACCUGAAAGGUUGGAGUGCUGAUGACCGCUGGCAUCACAACAAGGGGAAACAAUGAGAAGUUUCCUCCUCCGGAGUGAAUCCUUCCUCAUCAAACCACUUUGAAUGACUUUUUUUUACGUCUCAACCACUGAAUUAUGAGGAAUUUGGGUGGAAUUCCCCUAUAAGAAACUGAAAACUAUCCAAAUGCCCUUUCAGAGAGAGCAGUAUGUCAUCUCUGGAGAGAGGAAUGUUUGGUCUGUGCUGUGAAGCGCUAUUCAAAGCUCAGAACUGUUUCUGGUGAUAUGGACACAUGCUUUUCUCAUCAUCAGCAGUUUCAGGAAGUUUUGCUUGCAUGCGUAACUACAGAUGUCGUCUCAACGUGCCAAGCACUUGGUUCAUAAAAUAUAUUUAGCUGCUGCUGCGUAUAAAAAUGCCUUACAAUGAAUUUUACUGUACUGAUGGACAUGAAUCCAUAAACGAACUUGCUG